UGGAAACGCGGCCAGGCGAAGACAGGAAGUUUGUCACUUUUCCUCAGUCAUUCCGUCUGCAACUCCAGCGAAUGUACCUGAAGACAUAUCUGCUUUAAGAGUUAUAUAUAUAUAUAUAUAUAUAUAUAAAAAAAACAUUCAACUUAAACACCGCAGUGAAGAUGUCGUCCGGAGCCCUGUUCCCCAGUCUGGUGUCUGGCUCCCGCAGCUCAUCCAGUAAAUAUCUGGUUGAGUUUAGGGCCGGUAAAAUGACCCUGAAAGGCAGCACAGUGACCCCGGACAAGCGCAAGGGCUCCGUCUACAUCCAGCAGACAGAUGACUCGCUCAUCCACUUCUGCUGGAAGGACAGGACCUCUGGAAACGUGGAGGAUGAUCUGAUCAUAUUCCCAGAUGACUGUGAGUUUAAGAAGGUGAACCAGUGCACCACAGGACGUGUGUUUGUGCUAAAAUUUAAAGCUGGCUCCAAAAGGCUUUUCUUCUGGAUGCAGGAGCCCAAAACCGACAAAGAUGAAGAGUACUGUCGCAAAGUGAACGAGUACCUGAACAACCCACCCAUUCCAGGAGCUCUGGGCAGUGGAGGAGGUGGCAGCCAUGAACUCUCUGCACUUGGUGGAGAAGGUGGCCUGCAAAGCCUCUUGGGUAAUAUGAGCCACAAUCAACUCAUGCAGCUGAUUGGACCAACAGGACUGGGUGGGCUUGGGGGUCUUGGUGCUCUCGCUGGUCCUGGUCUGGCCAGUCUGUUGGGCAGUGGAGGUCCCGCUACCAGCAGCUCAACCUCAAGCUCCCGCAGCCAAUCAGCAGCAGCCACUCCAUCCUCUGGAUCUGCCGCUCGAAUCAGCUCCACCCAGGCACCCACCACACCGGUAACCCCUGCUGCCACCUCCACCAGCUCACCCACUGUGACCCCCACCACGCCUGCAGCCCAGACUCCCUCCAUUCCUGCAGGGGCCCCCUCCAGCACACAGCCCAUUCAGCUGAGUGACCUCCAAAGCAUUCUUGCCACCAUGAAUGUGCCUGCCAUGGCCGCAGAGGGACCAGGAGUGGACUUGGCAACUGUGUUGACCCCUGAUGUCAUGGCUCCUAUUCUGGCUAACCCUGAUGUGCAGCAGAGACUGUUGCCGUACCUGCCCUCAGGAGAAUCACUGCCACAGAGCGCUGAUGAGAUCCAGAACACACUCACAUCUCCACAGUUCCAACAGGCGAUGAGUAUGUUCAGCAGUGCACUGGCUUCUGGUCAGCUCGGUCCUCUAAUGAACCAGUUUGGUCUGCCCUCUGAAGCAGUAGAUGCGGCCAAUAAAGGAGAUGUGGAGGCAUUUGCCAAGGCCAUGGAGGGCAGCGAUAUAAAGACAGAUGAUAAUUGUGAUUCCAAAGACAAGAAAGAUGAUGAUGAGGAUAUGAGCUUGGAUUAGAAAUGACUUUCCAACAGAACUAAGAAAUCUCUCUCUUUCAGUCUCUAUCUCACUGAUAUGAACUGUUAGUAACAUUCUAGUCUGUUAUGUAUGCCUGUAAUCAAUUGAUUCAAUUCAGUGUUUUGUAUGUGUAAAGAUACACUAUUAAAUAACUAUGUAAUUCCA